AUGUUCUGGUCCUCAGUCCUGAAGAGCCUCCUUGCUGCCUGUGUUGUCACGGAGUUUGCUGUAAGCUUUGUGGAGAGUUUCACGUGUGCAAACUCUGUAUCUAUCAACGGAGUCUAUACCCCCUACGAUGCAUGUGAAACCUUUCAAGCCUGCUUCAACCAAACACAGGAACUUAAGAUGCCAGAGUUAGCCAGAAGCCAAAAGUUCCAGCAGAAAGGCUGUGCUACAGAUGAGUGUACUGACCUGGCGUUCUCGGCAACACUGGGGGGCCAACGGACGUUUAGAUAUGACCAGCAAUGCUGUACAACUGAUAAGUGCAACCAAGGGGACACACAACCGUCUCAGGGGCCUGCAACAGCCAACGGUAUUCAAUGUCUUGCCUGCUACACGGAGCCAGGCACGCUGUGUAUCCCAACUCUCCUAAAGUGCACAGGGAAGGAGACAAAGUGCGCUUCAGUUAUUGGCACAGUUGCUGGAAGCAGUAGUCCCGCUUCUGUAGUGAUGGUUGGAACCGGCUGUGCGACGGAAAAUGCCUGCAACCUGAACAUGACCAUUUUGGGCAGCAUAAAUAUCCGUACCUUCUGCAUGAGUGGGUUUCCCGUACUUCCAUCAGCUCCAGCUAGCACGGGCCUUCGACCUACGUCCAUCUCUGCAGUACCGGUUCUGAUUAUUCUCCCCCUGCUGAAAGUCUUGCUUUGA